GUCUUGUACCCACAAAUAUACACUAGACUUGGGCACCGCUGAAAUUUCUGUUUCAUCUGAAUACAUUGGACCCAAAACAAAAUUUUGUUUCAUCCAAACCAAAUUUUGUCCGUAUUGUUUUCAGACAAAAUUCGGCAAUUCUUUUAAUUUCAGAUUAUUUUUUUUCGGGUGAAUGAAAUUCUGCUAUCCAUGCGCAGCUAUAUCUUGCAACCAUUUUUAGCAGUUGACUCCCUAAUUUGGUACACUCGUGGGGUUUCCAUAAUUUGGGGUACCUAACCAGCAAGUCUGAAAAUGUACCUGUCAGACAACUUUGGUUGGUUUAGAAGCCAACUCAAAUUGAACAGUGUGGUAAAACCUCUUAAGGCUUUCCCUGCUCUACAAGUUCAGGCUACAUGGACCCCCUGCAGGGUGAAGAUGACUUGUUUGUUCAUCUGUUUUGUUUUUUCAAUGCAGUGGGUUUUUUUGUUGAAAAAAGAUGAUGGAAGAAAAAAGAAGACAUCUUGUGGUAAGUAUGACAUUUAUUUUAAUGGUAUUUAGUUUAUUGGCCCCUCACUAUUAUUAGAUGAGGCCAGUAGGUAAGGUCUUUUGGGGCCACUGGGAGGGUGGACACAAUGAAUUCUUAAUAUUAUUUGCCACUACCGAUGCCAAUGGGUGGGACCUGGGUAGACAAUAAGUCCACAACCUUUUAAUAUUUAGAGUCACCACCUGCUGCCAAUGGUUGAGAGCUAGAAGGGACAAUAGGUCCAUCCCUUUUUAGUUUUUAGAGCCCUCACCCCGCCACCAAUGGGUGCUGUCUUGGCGGGCACGAAGUCCCCCACCUGUGUAUUUUAACAGCCCUCACUUGCAGGGCAUGAGUGGGGGCUCACAAUGACGUUAUGUCCCUUCAUUUAUUUAGUACACCACCAUGGGGGACCUGUGCCGGGUCCCCUUUUAUUGGAUUAGUGACAGGGCAGUCCAGUCGGGAGUCUUGUUUUAUGAUUGUGAGCAGCCACUUGCUGAUUGCUCUUUAAUAGACAUGCCCUUAAUCAUGGCACUGCAGCUAGGGGCAUGAUGGAGGAUUUAACAUCCUUUAUACCUAUAUGGUGGUCAUGUUGAUGCCAUAGGCAUAGACAUUAGGGUGAGGUGGGUAUUGUGGAUUUAGGACAUGGUGGGGAGCACAGCUUCUAUUAUUAAAUAUUACAAGGUGGGAGCUCGAGCCAGUAGCUCCCUCCUUGUAAAUAACUAAACAAAGGAAUGAAGGAGCCAAUUUCAUGGACGAAAUAUCAUCCAACAAACAACUCAUUCUUCGUUUCAUUCAAUGUAAUUUGCAAACGUCCAUUUGUCUUUUAGACAAAUUGCUAAACAUUCGGACGAAAAACGAAUGCCCAAGUCUAUUAUUUAUUCCACAGGAAAUGCCCAAAUUCACUUAAUCUAAAACACACUACACAUUUAAUUACUCACAUAUAUUAGAUUAUGCACAUGCACAUAUCUAGUUGUGAGUCAUGCCAGCUUUAAUAUAUGACUGCAUGUCAAACCGAAAGGCAAGCUGAACAAAUCACAAUAUAGAUCAUUCAUGCCUUCAGUGUGCUAUUGGCCUGGGUGAUGCACAGCACUGUUUAGUCAAUGUUUAGUCCACUCUCUAUAAAGACAUUGAACACGUUUCACACUUUUUAAAGGUUGUUUUCAACAAUUACCCCUUUUGCUAGAAUUUAUUGCGGCUUUUAUUUUUUUGUUACAAGUAUGCUGUGUGUAUAGAAGUGAAGAUUUCAUACUUUUAUAUACAAUCACAAUGAGACCAUUGCGGGGAUGCAUGUUUGGGUCCAUAGAUUGGACCAUUGAAUAAAGAGUGGUUUACAAAUGUCUGUAUGAGUUCGUCUUUAGAAGUCAUUUUUUAUAUCUCUGCACUGUUCAUUUAUAAAAUAACAGUUAAUGCAUGUAUUUAAUGAACGGUCCUUUCUCUGUCAUUAAGAUUUUAUUUCUGACUACAUGGUCACGUUUAAAUGUCCACAACAAAGUGUCUUUGUGUAUAUAUAUAUAUACGCCUGCAUGUCUAAUAUUAUAUCUACAUGGCAAAUGGUUUUUUUUUACCAUGUAUGAUUCUAGGAAUGUCUAAAAACAAAAAAAUUCGUUAGUUAUAGUGAUUUCUUUAAUAUAGAAGAAUUCAUGGAAGGCUCCACUUCUACGUAACAAUAAAGAACUAAUAUUUCUGUGCUCUCUUAUUCAGCACAUUCAGGAAUAUCUGAACCGUCAUUUAUUGCAAAAAGUGAAGACCGAUUAUUCAAAUAUUUAUUCCAAGAUCAAGAUUACCAAAAAUGGGUUCGUCCAGUUGAAGAGUUGAAUGAUACAAUAACAGUGAAGUUUGGGCUUGCAAUAACACAGCUUGUGGACGUGGUAGGUAUCUUUUUAUGCCGGUUAGAAAGCAAAUUACAGUAACUAUCUUUAGGUUUCUUGUGUGUUAUUUAAAUAGUAAAAAUGCAAUUAAUACAUUUUAAAUGCAUAAUUUGAUCAUCAAAUGCCAUAUGUCAUGGAGAUAAUCCUGAAGUGACUUUAAUAUAUUAAAAUAUAUUGCAGUUAUCCCAAAUCCUAUGUAACUUGUUUACAGCUAUCCGGUAAACUAACCUAAAUUGUUCCCUAUCCCUAAGAACAUUAAUACUCAAAAUAUCCCUCACAACGAGUGGCAGUGUUAAACAUUGAGUCACUAUGAACUGUGCUGGAUUGUUUUUGUACUCUGGAAAAUACUGUGCAAUUACAAAAACUAAGAAGCAACUUUUGACAUUUUUGAGCAUAUGGCAGCGAUAUUUUUAGUGUUACAUGAAUAAAAGUUGUGCAAUCUGCCCUUAAACUUAUACAAUUAAUUGUAUAGCUCAGUGGUAGCCAACCCAAUUCCCAAGUACCCCCUAACAGUCCAGGAUUUAGGGAUUACCCAGUUGUGUCUAAAGUGGUUUUAGAAGAAAGAAAACCAGCACUGUAGACACAACUGGGUUAUCCCUAAAUCCUGGACUGUUACUUGAGGACUGGGUUGGGAACCCCUGGUAUAGCUGAUGAACCAAACACAGGGUGCACUUUGUGGGUACUAGACUAAUAAGGGCCUACCAUUGGACUACAGUGUUUGCAAGAGGAACACUUAAAGGACCACUAUAGGCACCCAGACCACUUCAGCUCAAUGAAGUGGUCUGGGUGCCGGGUCCCUCUAGUUUAACCCUGCAGCUGAAAACUUUGCAGUUUUAGAGAAACUACUAUGUUUACACUGAGGGUUAAUCCAGCCUCUAGUGUCUGUCUCCCUGACAGCCACUAGAGGCCGCUUCUGCGAUUCUCACUGUGAAAAUCACAGUGAGAAGACGCUGACGUCCGUAGGAAAGCAUUGAGUAAUGCUCUCCUAUGGUUUUAACCCCUCCAGCCCAGCGGGAGAGAAGCCAUGAGUGUGGGGGAGGGGGGGACCUAAGGACUACAUGGUGCCUGGAAAACGAAUUUGUUUUCCUGGCACUAUAGUGGUCCUUUAAAUUUAUUCAAAGAACAUGUUUGUUCUUAUAGUAAUUUGUUUUAUCUUGAUGGUAAUGUGAUUUAAUUUUUUUCCUAUAUUUUCCAUUUUAGGAUGAAAAAAAUCAGCUAAUGACUACUAAUGUCUGGUUAAAACAAGUAUGUAAACCAUUCCUGUUCCUGUAUAUAUAUUAUAUGUCGAGAGUGAUAUACAUCAGACUCAAGUGAAGAAUUUGUCCUUCAAGGACCAACGACAUUCUAUAGAUUAAAAGGGCAUUUUAAACACCAUAACCUCUGCAGCCUAUUGCUCAUAUGAGUCUCCAGUUGCUAUCCCGUUAUUUUUGUUGCAUCAAAUAGUUUUUCAAUGAGUUUAAUAAAAAUAGAGUUGUCUUGGUCACUAAGGACUUUUUCUGGACAUGAGAUAAUGCUGACACUUUUAUUUAUGUAUUACUCAUCAGUUUGGAUGCCAAUGAUAGGCUGCCGCCCUCAUCCUUGCUGCCCCUGGCACUCACAGCCAGUCCUUGCCAUUCAGACUAGGAUAGAUUUAAUUUUAUAGCUGGAGUAGGGGUUUGGAGCUAAAAGAGUUCCAUUUUUUUUUUAAAUCUGUUUUUUUUUUUUUUUUUUAACUGUUCAAAAAGGAUUUAACAAAAAUUUGGAGGAAUGCAUUGAAUCUUUGCACUUUGACCACUGCAAUAAGGUGUAGAGUUUCCCUUUAACAAAAACAAGAACAAGCUUUAUCACCUUUCAGGGAUUGUAGUCGUUGGCUUGCAAACAACCUUAUCAUUUCUUCAAUAUUGUGCCCUGCAGGUGAUGAAGGGUUUGUCCCUUCUCCAAUAUGUGUCUAAGCCUAACUCUGUUUACUCAUUGCUGUUUUUAAUGGCUAUACCAGACUGUCACAGAAGCUCCCAUGCCACAGCCUGCUGAAGAAGCAUAACAGCUACCCUCCUGCCCACAAACUAUGGGCCUGGUCACAGACUUUAAAAUGAUAUAUAGGAUGUGGCAAUACGUUGUUCUCUUGUUUUACCCAAUACGACUGGUCUUGUCCACUAUAUUGGGGAAUUUUACAAUGUUCAGAGUUCUAUAAUCACUGUAUGCUGUAGCUGAAUCCAGGACCAGCAGAGGAUUACUAGAAUGAACAUUAAGCAACUGUUAACGCAGACCCUUGAGAGACCUUAUCUACGAUCAUGAAUCACAGUACCACCAGUAGGCUAAUGACAUUCAGCUAAUGCUCUCUCUCUGCUAAGGCACAAUAUAGCACAUUGAAUGCUAUUUAAAUUGCUGCACAGAGGGGUGCACUGACUUCUAGUGAGUUUCUGCAACAAAUCUUGUUAUUGAUGGCACCCUGCUAUUUUACAGACCAGCCCUUCUAUGCUUCCUUUGCAGCUAGGCCAGUAGAGUCAGCAUGGCUGCAUUGAUCCAGAUUAAUCAGAUCCAGGUAGGGUGCAGGCCUUCUCACAUGCUAAUCACACCUGGAACCUCAUGUCUUCUGUCUUAGGAAGCUCAAAAUCUUUUUUAUCUUAUUUUGUUCAGGACCAGAACAAAAAAAAAAGAAAUUUCUUCUGAUCUUUUGAUAAACUGCACUCCUCCUUGCAAUGAAACAUAAAAUAUGUACUAAACUGUUUAUUUUCUUGAUAUAUUCAUGUAAAUAUCCAAUUGACCACUAGAUGUCAGCACAUAUUGCUAUUUACAACUUCUGUCUGGUCUUUGUUCUUUAGCUAUUUACAUGUUAAACACUUCUUUUAAUGUUGGCUGUAUUCAUGAGAGGGGUUGUAUUAACAGUAACUAGCAAUGGAUUUUUAUUGAUUUAUUUUUCUGAGAUAGUAAUUUUAAAGCUAGUAUUAAAUGGACACUAUGGUCACCAGAGCAACUACAGUUUAAUGUAGUUGUUCUUGUUAGUAUAGUCUGUCCAGUGCAUAUCUAUGAGGAGAUGCUGAUUGACUAGGGCAGCGUUUGGCCCUGCCCAUGCCCCACCUGCUUGGCUGAGAUCAUCAGAAUUGACAAUCUCAGCUAAUCCAAUGCUUUCCUAUGAAAUAAGGUAGGUUUUCUUAUUAUUUAAGGGAGGCAAGGGAGUGUGGCAGAGUAAAGAAUACACAUGUGUACAAUGCACCUGACAAUAGAGCGAAAACAGGCUUCAGAUUGAAAACCAUGCAUGAUGUAUUUUAGAUUAAUAUUUAUGUAACUAAGGCAUACAUUUCUGAAAUUAUAUUUUUGAUACUUUCAAUAGAAAGUGAACAACUGGACACAUUAGCAAGGGCAUCUGUAUAGAGUAUUUGAAAUUGAAUUUAUUAAAACACAGGAAUAAAAUUAUACAACAAAAUAAAAUAAUAAAUGCAAAAAUUAUACUCUCAUUUUAAAGGAACACUAUAAACAUGUAUUCCUGACCCUAUAGUUUUAAAACCACCAUCUAGACCCCCUGCCCCUCUCUUGCCUCCCUAAAAAUAGUUGUAUUCAAGUCUGGAGCUGCUGCCGUUGCCUCUGAACGGUCUAUGAGCUCUGACAUCAGAUGUGGGGGUUUAAGUCAAUCACAAUGCUUCCCCAUAGGAUUGGCUGAGACUGACAAGUCGGCAGAUCAGGGGCAGAGCCAGUACAAGUCAAAUACAGCCCUGGCCAAUCAGCAUCUCCUCAUAGAGAUGAAUUGAAUCAAAGAAUCUCUAUGAGGAAAGUUCAGUGUCUGCAUGCAGAGGGAGGAGAUACUGAAUGUUUGGAUGCAUUUUAGGCAGCCAUGACCCAGGAAGGAUCUCUAACAGCUAUCUAAGGAGUGGCCAGUGAAGUUAUCACUAGGCUGUAAUGUAAACACUGCAUUUUCUCUAAAAAGACAUUGUUUACAGCAAAAAGCCUGAAGGUAAUGAUUCUACUCACCAGAACAAAUUGAAUAAGCUGUAGUUGUUCUGGUGACUAUAGUGUCCCUUUAAUUUGGUGCAUUUGCAAGAAAUUCCCAGGCUUUUGACUGCCCAGACAAAUAUGUGAUUAGCUAAGUAGUAUGUUUUAAUAUUUCUGUGUUUUGGCACAAUGAAAUGGUUAAGAUCAUCACAUAGACUUUCAUGUUUGUGUAGGAACCACAGGAUUAAUGCCAGAUAACGUUACUAGUUUCUGAGAAAUUAGUUUGCUGAGAUCAUCCGCUGACACUGUAGGCCAUUGCCAAUGCACUAUCUGUCUAGAUAGGGACACUAUUGACAUAUUUAAUGUGGAAGGGGGUAGAAAAGAGGGGCAAAGCCAGAGGUGCCUCAAAUAACUCUUUAAUAUGCUUUCCUAAUUUUAUAAAGGAGCUUGUGUUAUAGCACUACCGUGGUUGCCCACAGAAACUCUGUGAUACAUUGCCAGCGUAUAACCAACUCAAUUUCCAGGUCUUCAUUCUGGAUGCCAGCAAGUGACGUACAAGUCAUGCAUGCACAAUUCAUAAUCCUGAAGCCCCAACUGUGAGAAGCCUAUAAGCAUAUCCUCAUGCAGCCAGACCACGGAUUGAAUGAAUGCCGAGAGUCUGACUGCUGUGGGUGGAGUGAUCUUUUAAAUGAAAUAUUGACAAAUCUAUAUCUUUGCUAUCAAUUUACUAGCCACAAUCUACACAUCUGUAAUGAAAUAGUCAUUAGUGUAAAAGAGCAUGACAGUCUCACUUUCAGUACAAAGGUUUAAACCCUAAAUGUUGUACUCUGAACAAUUAUAUUGAUAUUAUUUUAGAGCAAUAGAUUGUCUACUCAAGUUGUCUAUUUUCUAGGAAUGGGUUGAUGUCAAGUUAAGAUGGGCCCCCAAGGAAUUUGCUGGUAUAACUUCGAUCCGCGUCCCUUCAGAUUCUAUCUGGAUCCCGGACAUUGUUCUUUAUGACAAGUAAGUAAUUGAAUAUUUGCAUUUUAUUGCAUUUAGAAGGGGUUUUCAACCAGUGAAAAUAGAACAUAAGUGCACAGCUGAUUUUCAUAAAAUUAAAAUGUACAUGUGCACUUAAAGUACUGCACACUUUAAUAGGGGUUACAGUAGAUAUAUUUUGAUAUGUAUAUAUUAGAUUCAGAUGUUGUUGUCCUGUACAAUUUACAAUCUUGAGUAGCUAUGGAAAUCCCAUAGAUAUAGCAAGAAUAAAAAGCAUUUGGUAGCAGUACAAUAAAUAUACAUUUAUUAAAUGAAUUUAAUGUAAUUGGGUUUGUGGAGUGUUUUAUUAUUGGUGUAUGCCAGGAUGCAUGGAUUUAAAAUUAAUGGUGUCAGUGCUCUGUGUUCAGAACCACAAGGUCUCAUUUAUGUUGCAGUGCUCUGUGUACAGAACCACAAGGUCUCAUUCAUUGCAGUAGGGCAAAUUCUGUAGAAAAGGUUUAGCAAGACAGCUGAUUGCACUGGCUUCAGAAAGACAAACAGAUGUGAGUAAAUUGUACAAUUGAAAAAUUUGUAGACUAAAGGAAGGAGUGACUCAGGGCUCCAGAUGGAGAUAAAUUAUAUGAAUUAUAUUCUUUGCUCUAUUGAAGGGACCUCAUGGGUGGAUGGUACAUCUGAUUUUAUUAAUUAUGUAGACAGUGCAUCAUACAAAACCUUACAUAUUUUUGUACAUAAAAACACAGAAUGUGAAGGCAGAUAAGAAGAACCAUUCGACCCAUCUAGUCUGCCACAUUUUCUAAAUAAUAAAAUAAUAAAUACAUAGAUAUUUUUGAAUGCAUAUAAUACAAAAUAAUAAAUAAAUUCCAUAUCAAAACAACGUGUUAUUAAAGUGCAAAUUGGAUGUAUAGGUAUAAAGACUACCAAACAUGUAAAUUUUCAUACAGGAUUGUAAGAAUCUUUUGUUUGUACAAAUUGCAUGUUAUUUUGCUGUAUAUGCUAUGUAAAACAUUUAUGCCACCUUUGUUUAUAGUGCUGAUGGUCGUUUUGAAGGCUCUGUUACAAAAGCCGUAGUAAAAUACGAUGGAACCAUUAGUUGGACCCCACCGGCAAAUUAUAAAAGUUCAUGCGUGAUCGAUGUUACCUUUUUCCCUUUUGACCUUCAAAACUGUUCCAUGAAGUUUGGUUCAUGGACCUAUGAUGGAUCUCAAGUUGAUAUUAACCUGGAAGACUUUCAUGUAGACAAGAGGGAUUUCUUUGAUAAUGGAGAAUGGGAAAUAGUAACUGCUACAGGAUUCAAAGGAAAUCGAACAGAUGGGUGCUGCUGGUAUCCAUAUAUCACUUAUUCGUUCAUCAUAAAACGGUUACCUCUUUUUUAUACACUUUUUCUAAUUAUACCUUGUAUAGGACUUUCAUUUCUUACAAUACUUGUAUUUUACCUCCCUUCAAAUGAAGGUGAAAAAAUUUCUCUUUGUACAUCUGUACUUGUAUCUUUAACAGUUUUUCUCCUUGUCAUUGAAGAAAUUAUACCGUCCUCAUCAAAAGUGAUUCCUCUUAUUGGAGAAUACCUGGUCUUCACAAUGAUAUUUGUGACAUUAUCAAUUGUGAUAACUGUUUUUGCCAUAAAUAUUCACAAUCGUUCUUCUUCAACUCACAAUGCCAUGGCACCUUGGGUGCGCAAGAUUUUCCUUCACAAACUUCCAAAAUUACUGUGUAUGAGAAGUCAUGUUGAUCGGUAUUUUACCAGAAAAGAAGAAACUGGAAUGACAAACGGAUCGGAUUCUUCUAGGAAUACCUUAGAAGCUGCUUUGGAUUCUAUUCGGUACAUAACAAGGCAUGUCAUAAAGGAACAUGAAGUUCGUGAGGUAUGUAUUUUUGUUGUUUAUUGAAUACCAGAUAAAGUAUAGCUCACUUAUGCUGCUUGUUUAAUGUUCAUAUACAAUAAUUUAAAGAAUUGUAUUUUAAAGGGGAACUGUCACUUCCCAGAAUUUGUACAUUUUCUUUUUACUUAUCCAUAUAUUUAAAAAUAAAAAAUAUAUAUUUUUUUUAAAUAAUAGUUUUGUGAGGCUUAAAAAAUAAAAAUAAAUGUAGAAAUUGGCACCUCUUUAUCCUAGCUACCUGUCAAUCAUUGUUAUAAGCUCUGUCCUUUGUUCCUUGCAGUCAGCAUAGAGAGAGAGGAUAAGAAAUGCAGCAAUUUUCCUAUUUUUCUCUCCAUUUGCAAUCUCUGCCUUGGAUUUGUCUUACCUGAACUGUACUACAUUGUCACUUGCUAAAUCUUUAAAGGGACAGUUUAGGCACCCAGACCACUUUAUCUCAAUGAAGUGGUCUGAGUGCCAUGUGCCAUGUCGGUUUAACCCUGCAAUAUAAAACAUUGCCGUUAUGCUGGAAUGUUUACCCUGCAGGAUUUAAAAUACCUUUUAGUGGCAGUCCAAUACAAGUGCUUCCUCCAAAACAGCCAAGUAAAACUAUGCUGUUUCUAUCAGAUGGUAUAAGAUUGGUGCCAUUUGAUUGGUGUAGAGCAGCACUAGCCAACAUCCCCCAUCCCCUUGUUGGACCUUGGGGGAAGCUGGACAAUAGAAUAACUCAAAAUAUGCACUAUGUCUCCUAAAGCAGCUCACAUGGGAGGUGUGUGAUUGACCAAAUUAAGAAUGUUCUGAGGAAUUCCUGAAACUGACUUUACCGUAAAGCAAGCAUUGAAAACUGAUUAAUUUCCCCUUUGUAAAAAAGUGAAUUUGUUCAUAAAAGAGUUAAAAUUUUAUAAAACUCAUUGAUAUGUAUUUAUUGUGUUCUCUACCUAUACGACCUUUUGUUAAGUCCCUCUUUAGUAGUAAAUUUCAAUAAUAUGAAUAUUUUAUAUAUUUUUUUAUUUUUUUCCCCACAGGUUGUUGAAGAUUGGAAAUUUGUAGCUCAGGUGCUGGACAGGAUGUUUUUAUGGACGUUUCUUCUAGUUUCAAUAGUUGGAUCAAUUUUUCUUUUUAUUCCUGUCAUUCAUAAGUGGGCAAAUAUCAUUGUGCCUAUACACAUUGGAAAUAUGUACGGAGACAGAACCACAUGAGCUGGCCUGUUAUAUAUUUAUUAUAAUAUUGAACAUAUAUAUUAAAUGCAUUUUCAGAAAUAUUUGCUGCUCUAUGUAAUAUUUUAAACCUGAUGCUUUUAAAGAAAUAUUUUUAUUUUUUAUUUAAACAGCUUAUAUAAUUAAGGUAUGACUUAAAAGUAUUUAAAAUUGGUUGAUAUUAUUUUGUAAUACGG